CCCGCGGCGGGCACGGCAGCAGCGCAGCCCCUUCCCAGCCCAGCGCCCCGUGGCCGAAGGGACCGCGGCCACCGCGGCCACCCCGCGCCGCCCCGGCCAUGAGGUCGGGCCGGAGAGACGCCACCUGUGCGGGGAGGUGAGCGGAGCCCCGGAGCCUUCCUCCUACCCCCGGGCAGCCACAGCGGCGGGGAAGCGCAGGGGGGUGGAGGAAGGAAAAGGGAUAUUUUUUGUUUUAUUAUAUAUCGAUCUAUUUUUGCCGCGAUCAAUCCCGAUCCCGCAACUGAAGCCCCCGGAGGGAGAAGUGCUGCGCGCUGUGAUGCGUCUUCCUCUCGCCUCGGCUGCCAGUUUGGAUUGUAGCGCCCGGCUCCGUGCACUGCGAGGAUGGCUCGGUUUGGGGAUGAUCUGCCAACCCGCUAUGGAGGUGGAGGGCCGGCCGGGGCUGGAAGAGGGAGCAGCCGGCAAGGUGGCCCCCAAGCCGGCCAAAGGAUGUAUAAACAGUCGAUGGCUCAGAGAGCCAGGACUAUGGCUCUCUACAACCCCAUCCCUGUCAAACAGAACUGCUUCACAGUCAACAGAUCCCUCUUCAUCUUCAGUGAAGAUAAUGUUAUACGGAAAUACGCCAAGCGAAUAACAGAGUGGCCUCCAUUUGAAUACAUGAUUUUAGCUACAAUCAUAGCCAAUUGUAUUGUGCUGGCUCUGGAACAACAUUUGCCGGAUGGAGACAAGACACCGAUGUCAGAGAGACUGGAUGACACUGAGCCGUACUUUAUUGGAAUAUUUUGUUUUGAAGCUGGUAUCAAAAUCAUCGCUCUGGGCUUUGUUUUUCACAAAGGCUCUUACCUGCGCAAUGGCUGGAACGUGAUGGAUUUUGUCGUGGUCCUCACUGGGAUUCUGGCCACGGCUGGGACGGAUUUUGACCUGCGGACCCUGCGAGCCGUGCGGGUGCUGCGGCCCCUGAAGCUCGUGUCAGGAAUCCCAAGCCUGCAGGUUGUCCUCAAGUCCAUCAUGAAGGCCAUGGUGCCCUUGCUGCAGAUUGGGCUGCUCCUCUUCUUCGCCAUCGUGAUGUUCGCCAUCAUUGGGCUGGAGUUUUACAUGGGCAAGUUCCACAAAACCUGCUUUUCCAACGAGACAGGUGAGGAGGUGGGGGAUUUUCCCUGUGGAGAGGAGCCUCCUGCCAGGCAGUGUGAGAGCGGGACCACGUGCAGGGAGUACUGGCAGGGCCCCAACUAUGGCAUCACCAACUUUGACAACAUCCUCUUCGCCGUGCUCACCGUCUUCCAGUGCAUCACCAUGGAGGGCUGGACCGACAUCCUCUACAACACAAAUGACGCUGCAGGAAACACCUGGAAUUGGCUUUACUUCAUCCCUCUCAUCAUCAUUGGCUCUUUCUUCAUGCUCAACUUGGUGCUGGGUGUCCUAUCAGGUGAAUUUGCCAAGGAGCGAGAGCGGGUGGAGAACCGCCGGGCGUUCCUGAAGCUCCGCAGGCAGCAGCAGAUCGAGCGCGAGCUCAACGGAUACCUGGAGUGGAUCUUCAAAGCAGAGGAGGUGAUGCUGGCUGAGGAGGACAAGAACGCCGAAGAGAAGUCCCCUUUGGACGGGAGGGCCGCCUCGGAAGGGCCGAUUCCUCAAGGCACGGCGCCGGCAGAGACUGGCAGCGGCAGCAGCUACAACAUGUUGAAAAGAGCCGCAAUAAAGAAGAGCAAAAAUGACCUGAUUCAUGCAGAAGAAGGUGAGGACCAUUUCACAGACAUUUGCUCCGUUGGGUCUCCCUUUGCCCGUGCCAGUUUGAAGAGUGGGAAGAACGAGAGCUCAUCCUACUUCAGGAGGAAGGAGAAGAUGUUCCGCUUCUUCAUCCGCCGCAUGGUGAAGGCUCAGAGCUUCUACUGGGUGGUGCUCUGCGUGGUGGCCCUCAACACCCUCUGUGUGGCCAUGGUGCACUAUGACCAGCCCGAGAAGCUGACCACUGCUCUCUAUUUCGCAGAGUUUGUUUUCCUGGGGCUGUUCCUCACUGAGAUGUCUCUGAAGAUGUAUGGGCUGGGGCCAAGGAAUUACUUCCACUCUUCAUUCAACUGCUUUGACUUUGGGGUGAUCGUGGGCAGUAUCUUUGAGGUGAUUUGGGCUGCAGUGAAGCCGGGCACCUCCUUUGGCAUCAGCGUCCUGCGCGCCCUGCGGCUGCUGAGGAUCUUCAAAGUGACCAAGUACUGGAAUUCCCUGAGGAAUCUGGUGGUCUCCUUGCUGAACUCCAUGAAGUCCAUCAUCAGUUUGCUUUUCCUGCUGUUCUUGUUCAUUGUGGUCUUUGCUUUGCUGGGGAUGCAGCUCUUCGGAGGGCAGUUCAAUUUCCAAGAUGAAACUCCAACCACGAAUUUCGAUACCUUCCCUGCUGCCAUCCUCACAGUCUUCCAGGCUGUGAUGUACCACGGGAUAGAGUCGCAGGGCGGCGUCCAUUCCGGAAUGUUCUCCUCCAUCUACUUCAUCGUGCUCACGCUGUUUGGUAACUAUACUCUCCUGAACGUGUUCUUGGCCAUCGCUGUGGACAACCUGGCCAACGCCCAGGAGCUGACCAAG